AUCAUUCAUUGAGUCAACUCAGUACAGACAACAACCAUGCAAUUGUUAGUGAUCUCCGCUCUUUUCGGGCUGGCUGCCGCUGCUUACUCACCAGCUUACCCCGAGCAGUCGAACCGCCCUCAGGCUUCCUUCGAGAAGAACGCCAGAAUCCUCGCCUUGGACUCUGAUGUCAAAGAAGACUCCUUCAGAUACAACUAUGAAACGGAAAACGGCAUCAAGGCUGAGGAACAAGGUCGCGAGGUCGACGGCAUCGAAGCUCAAGGAGGUUUCCAAUACACUGGCGAUGAUGGUCAAGUUUAUGCUAUCAGCUACGCAGCUGGUCAAGGCGGUUUCCAGGCCCAGGGCGCUCACAUCCCUACUGCUCCCCCCACUCCUGAAGCUAUCCUGAAGGCUUUGGAGCAGAACGCCCGAGAUGAGGCCGCUGGCAUCAUCGAUGACGGCCAGUACAACCCUGGAAAAUACGGUGACGCUAGUUUCCCCCAGCAGCAGUACAGAGCGCAGGCCCAAGCGUCAGCCAGCUACAGACAGCCCUACAAGUACUAAGGACAUGAAACACAUUACAACAUUGUAAACUAACAUUAAACAUCAAAAAUAAUUAAGUAGAACUAAACUUUAGCGAUAUUAAAUAUAUUAAAUUGGACGUACGUACUUUUAUGUAUUUAAUUGACAAAUUGUUCUACUUAAUAUUUUGUGAUGUGUCGCGUGUACAUUUUAAAGACCAAGUACAAAAUAAUAAAAUGUCUACUAAAGAGUUAAGUGUAAAAAUUUACCAGAUAAUGAAUGCAAUGAUUAUUUAUUUAACGAAUAAAAUAUUAAAAACGA